GAAAGUGGGCUCUCCGCUAGCCGAGCACUAAGCACUGCCCCAGAGAGACAGACGGUGGUAGAGAAAAAGGGAAAGAGGGAGCGAGAGAAAGAGAGAAAAUGGUGAGGCAAGCACAGAAAGUCCUUCUCACUCAUCCUCACGAACUGUCAGCUGUCAUGCCUGUCAAAGGAAGUCCCACCAGGAAACACAAAAUGGUCGCCAUAAUCAACUCCAGUUUCUGGUAAAACGAAACAAAAGCCAUAAUCCAUCCGUGUUUUUCUCCAGACCCUGGCUGUUCCAUAAUGUAAAUGAAGCUUGCCUUGAUUCUACUCAACAGACGGCUAGGCCAUGAGCCUUAGAGGAUCUACCGUAACCCGGACAGGGCCUACCCCAGUUUGSAUUUAGUGCCACCCUCGUCCUUCUGUUGAGACUGCGAGCCACGUGAGGCUGCAGACGUGGCCGGUGGUGGUGGCGACGGCGGUGGUGGGAGGACUUUCACACGUAGCACAAAAAACACUGGGAUAUAUUUACAAACAUACUGAGGAAACACCAUGAGGAUAUCCAAGAUCUUCUGUCUCUGUCCCGUACUGGUCUGCCUCUGCUUUCUCCAGAAGUGCUAUGGGGUUAGCCAUCAUGUCCCAACAUCCAAAGUGCCCAACACAAAGAACCAGACCAAACUGGCCAAUGGCGAGACGGAAGUGCACCACAGACCUAAACGCGGCUGGAUCUGGAACCAAUUCUUUGUUUUAGAAGAACACAUUGGACCAGAUGCUCAAUAUGUGGGAAAGCUUCAUUCCAACUCAGACAAAGGGGAUGGCUCCGUAAGGUACAUUCUGAGUGGGGAAGGUGCUGGGAGUAUAUUCAUCAUCAACGAGGUGACAGGAGAUAUUCAUGCAACUGAGAGCCUGGACCGGGAAAGGAAAGCACACUACGUCCUCCACGCACAAGCCUUCGACCGCAACACCGAAAAGCCCCUGGAACCAAAGUCGGAAUUCAUCAUCAAAGUCCAGGACAUCAAUGACAAUGCCCCCAAAUUUCCAGAUGGUCCCUUUGUAGCUGCUGUGRCUGAGAUGUCUCAAGUGGGUACUUCUGUAUAUCAAGUUACUGCUUCGGACGCUGAUGACCCAACGUAUGGAAAUAGUGCCCGAGUUGUCUACAGUAUUCUCCAAGGACAGCCAUAUUUCUCUAUUGAUCCCAAAACUGGAGUCAUCAGGACUGCCUUAGCCAGCAUGGAUCGGGAGGCGAGGGAACACUAUGCUGUCGUCGUUCAAGCCAAAGACAUGGCUGGAUCGGUUGGAGGACUCUCUGGAUCCACCACCAUCAACAUCACCCUCACCGACGUCAACGACAACCCACCCAAGUUCCCGCAAAAAAAUUACCAGUUGUACGUCCCUGAGUCAGCCCAGGUGGGCAAGCCAGUAGGGAAGAUUAAAGCCAAUGAUGAGGACCUUGGCGUAAACGCAGCGAUCAAGUACAGCAUCAUCAACUCAGAAGGAGCGGCCGUGUUCUCCAUCGCCACAGACAGAGACACCAGAGAGGGAAUCAUCAGUCUCAAGAAGCCACUGAACUAUGAGAGGAAGAAGACCUACACCCUUCACAUUGAAGGAGUGAAUACCCACGUGGAACCUCGUUUUUCCUACCUUGGUCCUUUCAAAGACACUGCCACCCUAAAGAUCACUGUGGGAGAUGUGGACGAGCCCCCUGUAUUCUCUAUGGAUUAUUACAUCAUGGAUGUUUAUGAAAACGCUCAUAUUGGUACAGAGGUGGGGGCUGUAACAGCCCGGGAUCCGGACAGCAAAAACAGUCCUGUCAGGUAUUUCAUCAACCUCAGUGAACACGGAGAUAAGUAUUUUAACAUUGACAUGGACAGCGGCGUUAUAAAGACUACCCAGAGUCUGGACCGGGAAGACAUGCCGUGGCACAACAUUACUGUGAUGGCCUCGGAGGUUGACUACCCCAGCCUCCUCAGCCACGUCCCAGUCACGGUGCAGGUGUUGGAUGUGAACGACAACCCUCCUGAAAUUAAAACAGAUGAGGAGGUCGUUGUUUGUGAGAGCUCGAAGCCAGGACAGGUGAUUCAGACUAUCGCUGCAGUGGAUAAGGAUGACUUUGCAAACGGCCAGCGAUUCUCCUUCUCUUUGCUGAGCGGAAUCCCUGUCAACCCCAACUUCACCCUCAAGGACAAUGAAGACAACACGGCCAGUAUCAUUGCGCGCCGGAGGCGGUUCAGCCGACUGGUCCAGGAGUUGUAUGAGCUGCCCAUCGUGGUGUGGGAUGGUGGGGAGCCGGCACUGAGCGGCACCAGCACACUGACCCUGCAGGUGUGCCCAUGUCAGUGGAACGGGAGGGUGCAGACGUGCCAGGAUGAGAGGGGCCUCCUCUCCUCGGCAGGCCUCAGCACGGGGGCCCUGAUCGCCAUCCUGCUGUGCAUCGUCAUCUUGCUGGUGAUCGUGGUUCUGUUCAUCACCCUGCGGCGGAGCAAGAAGGAGCCCCUCAURAUCUCAGAGGAGGACGUGCGUGAGAACGUGGUAACCUACGACGACGAGGGCGGCGGCGAAGAGGACACUGAGGCUUUCGACAUUAUUGCCCUGCGGAACCCCGCRGCCGCUGAAGAGCUCAAGUUCCGACGGGACGUCCGGCCGGAGGUGGCCCGACAAUAUGGCGGGCCGGCGCAGGGCUGCCACAGUCCCCCAGAGCUGGACCAGGUGAAUGUGCAGAAGUUUAUUAAACAGAGACUGGUGGAGGCAGACAUGGACACUGGUGGGCCUCCCUAUGACUCCCUCCAGACCUAUGCCUACGAGGGUCAAGGGUCGCCCACAGGCUCCAUCAGCUCUCUGGACUCCCCAGGAACACACUCAGAACAGGAUUAUAACUACCUGGAUGACUGGGGGCCCGAAUUUCAGAAACUGGCAGAACUCUACGGGGAGGAUAUGGAUGUGGCAGAAUUGGAUGUAGCGGUUGCAGUGACAGUGGCGACCUAGACUCUCAACGUCUGUCACAACGUCUGUUAAACUAAACCUCUCUCUCUCUCUCAAUCCUCCUCCUCAAAUAAUUUUAAAACAAUGAAACAGAAAUGCUUUUGAACUCAUUCCAGCUGAUCUACUUUUACUGUUGAAUAACUGACUGCCCCUUUUUUCAGUUUUCCUUUUGGAUCAUGGGUCUAAUAUGCAGAAGAACUUAAUAAGAUUUCGUGGAUGGAAAAAUAUUAAGGAUUAACGGAAAAAGGAAAAUAUUUUCCCUGGUGUAUAUUUUUUAUUGCUCAAUAAAGUCCUGAAUUCCAUAUGA